GGUCACACUCCGACUAGAAAUGGAAUACUAGUCUUCACCGACAUUAGCAAUCGACAGUGUCAUCGAUAUACCUCCAUCUCGAAUUCCAAUAAGAGAAAUUUACCGGUUCCGCAAAACCAAACAAACGAGCGAAAUGUUGAAAGUGCGCAACAUUUGCAUGCUGCAGCCUCGACGCUGGCGCAGCGGCAGCAAGAAGCGCUGGAAUCUGCUUCAACACAAGAAGAACAAUUGCGAUCGUGCACUUGACAGCUUCGAUGAUUUCUACGGCUCUGUGUAUGGCGGUCGUUGGAAAAAUAUGCGAGCAGCGCUGCUCACCGAGCACAAAUAUGUGGCCAUGGUUAACAACUUUGGGGACACAGAGCAGACGUGCAGCAUGCUGGAAAUGGACGGUGCCAUCAACAUCAAGUCACUCAUUCAAUUGGCCCAAGAGCGACAGGAGGAAAAUGCAACCAAUUCGAGUCAAUUUUUGGGUGAGGAAAAGCGUGCUCAUUACGACAUCGAUGACAAACUCGAUGCGCUGCUGAGGAAGCAACAAGAGCGCGAGGUGGCCGCCAUUUAUCCAACCGACGAUAACCAUGUGCAGCCACAGCAAUUGAACUAUGAGCGAAGUCAGCAAAAGGAAGAAAAUCUCGACACUGACUCGUCCUAUGAGCCGAGCUUAACCAGAGCUCUCGAGGAAGACGUUCAACUGGAUGCCAGUCGUUUGGUAGAUCCACAAUUUGGCACUGGCGGCUUGUACGAAUAUAUGCCUGCCAAUACCAUCAAGGGUAUGGAGGAUUGGGUGGCCGAAUCCGAACAUUAUAAAUACUAUCAAACUAGCGCUGAUUUUCCCUUGGCCAUCGAACCAGAACAGAAUUUUAAAUAUCCAGAACACUUGGCCAUCUACACCUACGAAAUGGGCAACUGUUCGGACUUUAAGCCACCGCGACAAUGCCUCACAGGAGUUCUCUCACAUUUCCUAAUGGAUGGCGCCUCGGUGUUGCCUCCGCUGUUCCUUCAAGUGCAGCCCGGAGAGCGUGUCCUGGAUGCUUGUGCCGCACCAGGCGGCAAAUCAUUGUUGAUGCUGCAGACACUGCAUCUGGAUCAGCUUAUAUGCAACGACGUGCAGGAGUCGCGACUGAAUAAACUGCGUCAUGUCAUGCAGGAAUAUCUAUUUGAUUACAAACAACGCUGGGCGGGUCAGCGUUUGAUCUUCAGCCAGAGUGAUGCACGCAAUUUGGAUGAGUUCGACAGCUAUGAUAAAAUACUCGUCGAUGUGCCUUGCACAACAGAUCGUCAUGUGCUGAUGCACCAGGACAACAACAUCUUUAAGCCCACGCGCAUCAAUGAGCGUCUGCGCAUUCCCGAACUCCAGGCGGGCAUCUUGGCUAAUUGUUUGCGUCUCUUGAAACCUGGCGGCAGUCUAGUCUAUUCCACCUGCUCGCUGUCGCCAGUGCAAAACGAUGGCGUUGUUCACAUGGCACUACAAAAGGUCUUUACCGAGCAUGGCAUCACAGCGACCAUCAAGGAUCUGAGUCAACAGACAGCGCUCUUGGGGGAUAUUUAUAAAUUUGAGCAGCCAAAGGGCUUGAAAUAUGGCCAAAUGGUUAUUCCCUAUUUGCCAGCCAAUUUUGGCCCAAUGUACUUUAGUAAAAUUACGCGAAAUACUUAAAAAAUUAAAACUGUUUAAACGACUGCUAGAGGCCUUCUCUGAAUUAAAGAUUAUGUUAUAGAAUUAAAUGUUUUGAAGU